AUGGCAAACUGGACCUACAGCAAGGCCUUUGUUCUCCUGUACUUUGCUGUGAUGUGGCCAAGCCCGAAUGUGUACGGAUUAACUAAGCAGGAAGCGGCCCAGUUGCAAAGCCUGAUGUUAGAGGUGAAGGCUAAGAUUGACCAGACGAAAGUGCAGGUUGCGCGUACCCGGGACCACUCAUUGUCACAGAGAUUCGUCUUCACCCCGCCACAUGCAACAGCCUAUGCUUGUGGUGAGAGUGGCACCUUGCAGCUGUCGUGCGUGGAGGGAAAGACGCUCCUGAUCUUGGACGCCAACUACGGCCGCACGUCGACCGACCACGCCUGCCCUUGCUCCACCUGUCGCGCCGACUGCCGGGCAGUCAACAGCUUGUCAGUGGUGCGGAGCGCCUGCCAGGGCAAACGGCAGUGCGCCGUGCGGGCCGCAUACUCCAUUUUCGGUGAAGACCCCUGCUGGGGUGUGCAGAAGUACUUGGAGGCGUCAUACCACUGUAUCACAGAAAGUAACGUUGCCUUUGGCAAGCCAGCAACAGCAAGCUCUCAUCCUUCACAUUGGGGACCCGAAAAGGCUGUGGACGGCUUCAGAGGGACGGCCGUUUCCUGGUACAACCAGUGCCUUCACACCAACCAAGUGUAUCAGCCGUGGUGGAAGGUGGACCUGGGGGCUGGGGAUCCCUACACCGUUAACCGGGUCAGCGUUCUCAACAGGGGGGACUGCUGCGGAGAUCGACUGCGAAACUUCCAGGUUCGAGUAGGCCCGAAUGAGAACUUCGCCCAGAAUGACCAGUGUGGGGAGACUUACACGGCACGUCCAGCCAAUGGUGCGACCAUUGUGGUGUACUGCGACCAGCCGAUGUCCGGCCGUUAUGUGUCCAUUCAGGUGAUGGGACGGUCCGAAAAUCUGCAGAUUUGCGAGGUCGAGGUUUUCGCCGAAACAGCAGCUGACGGGAUAUCGCCAGAAGGUCCCAAGAUGUGGCGCGAUGAUGGCCGCUGCGGACAGCACUACCCUGCAGAAAACGGCCAACCUGCCGAGUGCGACCCUUACGGUGUGAUCCCGUGCUGCUCAACCGCCGCCUGGUGUGGAAACACCGUACACCACUGUAACUGCCAUGGUUGUAUCGACUACAGAAACACACUGUCAGGGUAGUCGGGCGGAGGACCGCAACUGCGCUCCACAGCUUAAAGUUGAACCAAUGACCGAGCUUUCAUCAAUGGAAUUCAACGGAGAAACACAACUGUUGGUGUGAAUGUGUGUGUCAUGUUUUGACAAGAGCUUUAUGUUCACCGGCGUUUCUUUUUCCCUUGUUUAUGGACUCAAAGUUAAGAUAACAAACAAGUUUACGUGAUGGCUUGUUGGUUUUCAUAAUAUUCGAUUUUCUCUUAUCACAAUGUAUGUUUUGCAUAUAAUUCGCAAAAGCCUUCCCCAUAUAUGAAUUUGUGUGCUUGAACUAAUAUUCGGAAUACUUUGUUUUAAGUGAUAAUGUCCAAAGGGACGUUUGCUUUCCCUGCUUGAUGUGAUAGGGUGGAUAUCACCAUUAUGUAUGCGGAUACAGUCUCUUUGGCUUCGCUAGGAUUUGACACAAA